AGAAGUUUUCAGAUGGAUCAUAGCAGUCACGCCGGCCAUAUUGGGCAAGCAGCAACCCCUGCACCACUUGUGGGUGGGCAUGGAUCCAUGCAUUCAAUGGCAUUUCACUUUGGAAGCAUGGAAACAAUUUUGUUUAAUUUCUGGAUGCCCAUGAGCACUGGAGGAAUGAUUGUAUCGUGCUUGAUCGUCGUAGCUAUGUGCUUCUUCAUGGAGAUGUUGAGGUUCUUACGGACUUAUAGAGCGGCACAAAGACCUCCGUCUAUGGAGAAUCAGAUAAGAUUCGAGCCGACCGUCACAGGCUAUGUAUUGAUGGAUGGAAUGAUGCAUUUUGUACAGCUUGCCAUCUCCUACUGUCUUAUGCUCAUCUUCAUGACAUUCAAUGUAUGGCUGUGUUUGGCUGUUCUCAUAGGCGAAGUUGGCUCUCGACUAUUCUUCAAUAUUCUUUUCCCUGGUCUUAUGGAAAGUGCUAAUGUAGGGCACUGCUAGUCAUUCGAAUCUUUCAUGCUUUAAAAUUGGCCUUAUCACCGUUUUACUAUGUAAUCCACUACUUCUCCUAUUGGGUUAGCACUUCUUUGCAUAGGCUCCUUCACUUUAGCUGUUUGUAUAUACGUAUAAAUAUUGGCGUCUUUGUUCGAUAAAAAGAUUAAACUUCAACUUCGCAUUCACUAAUGAGAAUUUUU